UCACAUGGCCUGACAAACAAAUGUAUCUAUUUUCAGAUAUGGCUUCCUCCCUGAAUGAAAGCCAAUUCCAGUGCUCCAUCUGUCUAGAGUUGUUCACUGACCCAGUUUCCACUCCAUGUGGCCACAACUUCUGUAAGAAUUGUAUCGGAGGGUAUUGGGAUAUCAGUGACCUGUGCCAGUGUCCUUUGUGUAAGGAGACAUUUUACAGACGGCCUGAGCUUCGAAUCAACACGUCGUUCAGAGAAGUUGUUGAUCAUUUUAGGAAUAUGAGAGUUAAUGAAGGGUGCAUUGCUGCAACUGGAGAAGUGGCCUGUGACCUCUGCUCUGAGAGGAAGCUCAAGGCCCUGAAGUCCUGCCUGGUGUGUCUGACCUCUUACUGUGAGAUUCACCUGGAGCCUCAUCAGAGAGUGGUGAAUCUGAAGAGACACAAGCUGAUUGACCCUGUGGAGAACCUGGAGGACAGGAUGUGCAAGAAGCAUGAUAGGCUGCUGGAGCUGUUCUGUAGGAGCGACCAGACAUGUGUGUGUCAGUUUUGUGCUGAGACAGACCACAAACAUCACCACACUGUGCCACUACAAACAGAAGCGCAACUAAAGAUGGCUCUUAUUCGGAGGUCAAAGGCAGAUGUGCAGCAGAUGAUCCAAGACCGGCAGCUGAAGGUGGAGGAGAUCAACGCUUCAGUGAAGUUAAAUAGAGACAAUGCAGAGAGUGAAAUAGCGGACAGUGUUGAAGUCUUCACUGCACUGAUGCGAUCUAUUGAGUCAAGCCAGGCUGAACUCAUAGAGGUGAUUGAGGAGAAGCAGAAAUCAGCAGAAAGGCAGGCAGAAGGGCUCAUCAAUGACCUGGAGCAGGAAAUCACUGAGUUACAGAGGAGAAGUACUGAGCUGGAGCAGCUCUCACACACUGAGGACCAUCUCGACCUUCUACAGAGCUUUUACAAGCAAACUACCCUUCCAAAAUCUAAAAGCUGGACUAAUGUUGCUGUUUAUCAAGUCAACUUCUUGGGCUGUGUUCGAAAUACAGUGCUCCACGUGAAAGACUCCACCGAAGACCAAAUAAGAAAGCUGUCAGCUAUUGAACUGAAAGAGAUGCAGAAAUAUGCAGUGGACGUGACGAUGGACCCCAACACUGCAGGCCCAUGGCUUAUCCUCUCUAAUGAUGGAAAACAAGUGAGAAAAUCGCCAAGGAAAUUGAAGGUCCCAGGUAAUCCUGAGAGAUUCACUGAGGAUGUCUGUAUCCUGGCCAAACAAGGGUACAACUAUGGGAAACAUUAUUGGGAAGUUGGGUUACAGGAGAAAUCAAACUGGGUUAUAGGAGUAGCUUGCGAGACAGUGCCUAGGAAGGAAUUAAUUUCAGCUGAGCCUGAGAAAGGGUUAUGGACUCUGUGUCACAGGGAUGGCAAGGAAUAUCUGGCGUUCACAAAUAUUCCACGCCUUAUUUUACCUUUUCCCCGACCCCAGAAAGUCGGUGUCUUCCUGGAUUAUAAGGAAGGCCAAGUGUCAUUCUUUGAUGUUGAUGCAAAGUCUCACCUAUUCACUUACACAGGGUGCAAAUUCUCAGGGAAAAUCUUUCCCAUAUUUGAUCCUUGUCUUACUGCAGAAAGAAAUGAAGACCUUCCUCUUAUGAUUACUAUGGUGCAGGUAAAUUAGUGACAGUACACUCCAUGCAUAGUGUAGCUCCAGCUACAACGUACUGUAUAUGCUUCAACCGUAGAUAAAUUAGAUGGGCACGGUCAAAUGUUCCCAUCUUUCACUCUCACUUGGAAUAGAGGCAUCUACGCAAUGGGGGACAUGGGACGUGGACUCAUUUUAACUAUAGUUUACUUUGGGGGUCUGAAACUUUUAUAUUUAUUGUAAUACAUUUUGCAAAUAUCUUUAUUUACCUUCCUUAUUGUGAUAAAAUGUAAUCCUAAUUAUUCUAAUAUCCAUUUUUGAAAUGUACGGUUUAUCAAAUGGAAAUACUGUAUUUCAAAUAAAACUUUAUUUGCCACAUGCACCGAAUACAAAAGAUGUAGACUUCACCAUGAAAUGCUGACUUACAAGCCCUUAACCAACAGUGCAGUUCAAGAAGAACAAAAUAUUUACCAAGUAGGCUAAAAUAAAAAGUAACACAAAAAGAAUAAUGAUUUUUAUUUGUAUCGGUGUGCAUAGUAUCAGCUGUUGAAAUCGGAAGUUUACAUAGACUUAGGUUGGAGUCAUUAAAACUCAUUUUUCAACCACUCCACACAAAUGUCUUGUCAACAAACUAUAGUUUUGGCAAGUUGGUUAGGACUUCUACUUUGUGUAUGACAAGUAAUUUUUCCAUCAAUUGUUUACAGACAGAUUAUUUCACUGUAUCACAAUUCCAGUGGUUCAGACGUUUACAUACACUAAGUUGACAGCUUGGAAAAUUCCAGAAAAUUGUGUCAUGGCUUUAGAAUCUUCUGAUAGGCUGAUUGACAUCAUUUGAGUCAAUCGAAGGUAUACUUGUGGAUGUAUUUCAAGGCCUACCUUCAAACUCAGUGCCUCUUUGCUUGACAUCAUGGGAAAAUCAAUCGAAAUCAGCCAAGACCUCAGGAAAAAAACUGUAGACCCCCACAAGUCUGGUUCAUCCUUGGGCGCAAUUUCCAAAUGCCUGAAGGUACCACGUUCAUCUGUACAAACAAUAGUACGCAAGUAUAAACACCAUGGGACCACGCAGCUGUCAUACCGCUCAGGAAGGAGACGCGUUCUGUCUCCUAGAGAUUAACGUACUUUGGUGCGAAAAGUGCAAAUCAAUCCCAGAAAAACAGCAAAGGAUCUUGUGAAGAUGCUGGACGAAACAGGUACGAAAAUAUCUAUAUCCACAGUAAAACGAGUCCUAUAUCAACAUAACCUGAAAGGCCGGUCAGCAAGGAAGAAGCAACUGCUCCAAAAAAGCCAGACUAUGUUUUGCAACUGCACAUGGGGACAAAGAUCAUAUUUUUUGGAUACAUUUCCUCUCGUCUGAUGAAACAAAAAUAGAACUGUUUGUCAAUGAUGAAAAUUUGUGGGCAGAUCUGAAAAAGCGUGUGCAAGCAAGGAGGCCUACAAACCUGACUCAGUUACACCAGCUCUGUUAGGAGGAAUGGGCCAAAAUUCACCCAAUUUAUUGUGGGAAGCUUGUGGAAGGCUACCCGAAACAUUUGACCCAAGUUAAACAAUUUAAAGGCAAUGCUACCAAAUACUAAUUGAGUGUAUGUAAACUUCUGACCCACUGGGAAUGCGAUGAAAGAAAUAAAAGCUAUAAUAAAUAAUUUUCUACUAUUAUUCUGACAUUUCAUAUUCUUAAAAUUAAGUGGUGAUCCUAACUGACAUAAGACAGGAAAUGUUUACUAGGAUUAAAUGUCAGGAAUUGUAUAAAACGUUAAAUGAGUUUAAAUGUGGUGAUCCUAACUGACAUAAGACAGGAAAUGUUUACUAGGAUUAAAUGUCAGGAAUGGUAUACAAUUUUAAAUGUGUUUGUGGUGUAUGUUAACUUCCGACUUCAACUGUAUGUGUUAUUUUUUAUAUACAUUUGCAACAAUGUCUAAACCUGUUUUCACAUUGUCAUAAUGCGAUGUUUUGUGUAGGUUGAGGAUAUGUAUUUUAUUUAAUCCAUUUUUGAAUAAGUCUGUAAAUGUAACAAAAUGUGGAAAAAGUCAAAGGGUCUGAAUAUUUUCUUAGGUAAUCAGCAAAUGCAAGCAUGGAUAGAACUCAAGAAUUUACAAAUAUUUGCAAUAGGCUUAUUCUAAUCAUUCUCAUGUGCCAACGUAUCUAUACAUCCAUGCUUUGGUGAAACUUGAACUCCUGUAGAUCUGAAAUUCUUGAAAGUCAGGACAAUUAUUUUCCUGCAAAGAUUUUUUU